AUGGACAUCCGGAUCAACAUCAGCCACAAUGGACUCUGGGAGAAACCUUUCCUCUGUUAUGAGUUUAGUAACAGGUCUUGUCAGAAGUUUGUCUAUCCUUUGGAAACUCGUAUAUUGCUAUACAUUCUUUUCAGCAUCUCUUCAAUAAUCACAAUCAUAGGAAACCUGCUGGUGAUCAUAACGGUCAUUCAUUUCAGGCAGCUUCACACACCGACUAACUACCUCAUCUUGUCUCUGGCUGUGUCCGAUCUGCUUGUCGGAGGAGUUGUGAUGCCUCCCAGCAUGCUGCGCUCCAUCGAGACCUGCUGGUAUCUGGGAGAUUUGUUGUGUAAAAUACACAGCAGUCUUGAUGUCACAUUGUGCACCGCUUCAAUUCUAAACCUCUGCAUCAUUUCUUUAGACAGAUAUUACGCCAUAUGUCACCCAUUCCAAUAUCACAGUAAAAUGACGUCACUUGCCACAUUGGUUAUGAUUAUCAUCUGCUGGACUGUUUCAGCUGUUCUGGGGUUUGGCAUGAUCUUCAUGGAGCUUAAUAUUCUUGGUAUUGAAGAUUUUUACUAUGAAAAUGUUGAUUGUAAUGGAAGAUGCCUUGUGUUUCAGAGCAGAGAGGUAGCUGUCUUUAUGUCAUUGGCCUGUUUUUAUAUUCCUGCAUUUGUCAUGCUCUGUGUGUAUCUGAAGAUCUUACAUGAAGCUCAACGGCAGGUUCAGGCCAUCCAGAGUGUGAAUUCUGAACUGAAAAAAGAGGGAAAAGCCACUAAGACUUUAGCCAUCAUCAUGGGGGUCUUUCUGACUUUCUGGAUUCCCUUUUUCCUCUGUAAUCUUAUUGAUCCCUUUAUUGGUUACUCUGUUCCUCCACUUCUCUUUGACUUAUUCUUGUGGGUUGGAUAUUAUAACUCCACAUGUAAUCCUAUAGUGUACACCUUCUUUUACAGCUGGUUCAGACAUGCUUUCAGAGUCAUUCUGUCUGGAAGAAUAUUUCAGAGCAAUUCUUCAAGAACAAUACUACUGUAA